CCGCGCCCGCCAGUCUAAAUUUACCGACUGCACCCCUCUGGCCGAACCAAAAUAAACGUUCGCUGCAAGGCCGAAAUUCUGCCCGAAAUUUCGACCGAGAAUUGGUGAUGCUGGAGCCGCGAGAGUCGCCCAUCCCGUUCGACGUGCUGCCCUCCAGCGGCCGCAGCACCCUGCUCAAGAAGGACCUGCUGGUCAAGACCCACAAUGGCAGUUUCAGGGCCGACUUUGUGUCCCCGUACACGCUGCAACAAACGCAACCGAAGGAGAACAAAGCCUUCGUCUUCUGGAUUUUGGUACUCAUCCUGUUAAUCCUGGCCCUGGUCAACAUGAUCCUCACUUUCACCAUUCUUAGCGUUCUUAGACUGGGACACGGGAUGCAGAGCUUGGAAUUUGUGCCGGCCGAGAAUCUGAUCAAGUUUUACGGAGAAACCGACCUGUGCAACAUCACAAAGCGGGACGGCCACUUGGAGGGGUUUAGGGACAGCCCAUUGUCCAUCACGGCGGACGGAGCUGAGGCGGUCGUCAAUAUUCUCAAACACAAAGGCGCGAAAACAUGGACAACGUCAAAAAUCGUGGUCAGACCAGACGGACUUGCUGAAAUCACCAACGUUUCCACAUUUGAGGUGAAAGAUCACGAAGGCCGACUUGUAUUUUCUUCGGCCUACCCAAACUUUGAGCUUCCGAAGGGUGUAAAAAAACUGGACGUUCAGGUUGCCCGCGUCUCCAGAAUUUCUAGUCCGGUCGACGCAGGUCUCACAGUUGGUUCUGAAACCUACGUCAAACUCCGCGGAAAUGAGGGAACGAAAAUCGAGGGGAAGGAAAUCGUUUGGAGCGCUGACCAGGACCUUUUGCUGCGCAGCCUGAACGGGUCCAUCCACCUGGUCGGAGGUCACGGCGUGACCCUGGACGUGCAGAACAUGCCGCUGGUCAUCAACGAGGGCUCCACGCAGCAGUACAAAUUGUGCGUGUGCAAGGAUAAGGGUCGGUUAUUCAGGGUCAAAAUGCCUGCAACCUGCCUCGGUUUCGUCGGCGCCAGUAAUCCUUGUGCUUAGAAGAAAAUUAAGUCUCGAAUCGUUUACAAAAGGCAUAUCAGGAAAUGAUCGAAUAAAGAGUGAAGUUAAAAAAAAAACAGACUGCCAUCGAUUUAAAAAUACUAACUGUUCAUUAAAAUGCAUUUAGAGCCACCAAAUUAAAUUAAAAAAAGUAUGUAUAUACCAAAUAAAUUUUAUGUUGCCGAAAUAUUUGUUAUUUCUUGUUCUAGA